GAAGAGACGCCGCUCACGCGCUGCAGCGUCAUCGAGGAGACGUUACCUGUUCACAGCUGCAGGCGUGAAGAGACGCCGCUCACGCGCUGCAGCGUCAUCGAGGAGACGUUACCUGUUCACAGCUGCAGGCGUGAAGAGACGCCGCUCACGCGCUGCAGCGUCAUCGAGGAGACGUUACCUGUUCACAGCUGCAGGCGUGAAGAGACGCCGCUCACGCGCUGCAGCGUCAUCGAGGAGACGUUACCUGUUCACAGCUGCAGGCGUGAAGAGACGCCGCUCACGCGCUGCAGCGUCAUCGAGGAGACGUUACCUGUUCACAGCUGCAGGCGUGAAGAGACGCCGCUCACGCGCUGCAGCGUCAUCGAGGAGACGUUACCUGUUCACAGCUGCAGGCGUGAAGAGACGCCGCUCACGCGCUGCAGCGUCAUCGAGGAGACGUUACCUGUUCACAGCUGCAGGCGUGAAGAGACGCCGCUCACGCGCUGCAGCGUCAUCGAGGAGACGUUACCUGUUCACAGCUGCAGGCGUGAAGAGACGCCGCUCACGCGCUGCAGCGUCAUCGAGGAGACGUUACCUGUUCACAGCUGCAGGCGUGAAGAGACGCCGCUCACGCGCUGCAGCGUCAUCGAGGAGACGUUACCU